AUGUCCAACCCACUCGAAACAGAGCCCGGCUCCGAGCGCUUCGGCGACUACGAAGCAGAGCUGAAGCUCGUCCAAGCCGACCUCGUCCAGAAACUCGACCAGAUCCCCGAACUCUCAGGCGAGCCCCGCAAAGCCGCCCUCUCCUCCGCCGAGCGCGCCCUCGAGGAGGCCGACGAGCUCCUCGCCCAGAUGCGCCUCGAAAAGGCAAACAUCCCCACCACCCUCCGCUCCAAGAUCAACGCCCGCUUCCGCAACCACGAGUCCGACAUCGACGCCCACAAGCGCAAGCUGCGCUCUCUCGCCGACGACCGCGCGGCCUUGUUCGGCGCGCGCUACACCGACAACCCCUCGGGCAGCGGCCAGGACGUCCAGCUCGAGCAGCGCCAGCAGCUGCUCUCCGGUACGGACCGCCUCGACCGCUCCACGCAGCGGCUCAAGGCCAGCCAGGCCCUCGCCAACGAGACGGAGGGCAUCGGGGCUGGUAUCCUGGGCGAUUUGCACACCCAGCGCGAAACCAUCCUGCACACCCAAUCGCGCCUUCUCGAGAGCGAGGGAUAUGUGGACCGUAGCGUCAAGACGUUGCGGGGGAUGGCACGUAGGAUGGCUACCAACCGGGUGAUUACGAUUUCCAUCAUCACCAUCCUGGUUCUUCUCAUUAUCGCCGUCAUUUACAGCAAGUUCAGAUGA